AUGUCUUCGAGCCGCCAACCACAAAGAAGCUCGUCGGGCCGCACGCAGUUAGCCUGCGAGCCUUGCCGCAAGAGGAAAUCAAAGUGCGAUGGCGAGAAGCCCCUCUGCGGCAACUGCCAGGCUCAUCGGUUUGUCUGCCACUACGAAUCAGCUCGGCCUGCGCGACGGCAGAAAUACUGGGACCGUGACUAUGUACAGGCCCUUGAGGACCAGGUCCGGAUGCUGUCUGCAUCCCUUGAGCAGUCCAAAGAUGCAGGCCCUUUGGAAUCAUCACGCCAAGUCCGUCAGUUGUCGCCUUCGGAGGCGGCAAACCGUCUGCCUUAUGGGCCAAGGACGCUCAAGGCGCUGAGCGACUUCAGCUCCAUGAAAUGGGCCGCCAUCGUCGGCCAGGACGGCGCACCGCUUCUUGCUGGCCCUGGCCGGUUCUCCAUCUUCACGAGAACGCAGCUGCCGACGUUUGAAAACGAGUCUCAGCCUUCACCGGCACCGACGCCGAUACCAUCGACUGAGACCUUCUUGCUAGAGAUUGAAGCCAACUUGGGCUUGAAGCAACAUCUAAAGGCACAUUUCCUCGAGAACCUAAACCCCUUUUACAAGUUUGUCGACCCCAUCUGGCUCAACUUCUCCGACCUGUUCCCCCACAACGACACAGCGCUGCAGCUGCUCUACAGCGCUCUCUUUGGCGCUGCGGCUCAUUCGUCGCCCAUGGCCAGCAAAGAGAUGGCAGAAACAUUCAUUUCAUACGCAGAGAGCCUCGUUCAAAAGUGCUAUCUAGAGCACUUGUGCCUCCCUGUGCUGCAAGCCCUGGUCAUUCUUGCUUGGUACAAGCAUAUGCAGCUGGAUUCUGCCAAAGGCCAUCUAUACCACUACAUGGCCAUUGGUCUAUCCAACCAUCUAAAAAUAGGAGACGCGGCACAACGUGAGCACACUGCCAAUGAAGUUGCUACCAUCAGAACGUUUUGGUCACUAUAUUUCUUGGACCGAGUCGCAACCCCCAAACUGGGAUGCCCAUCGGGGAUUCCGUGGGACGUUGACUUCAUCACUCCUUAUAUCGACACUGUACCGACGGAUGCCGUCGACAUGGCUGCUCUUACCUUUGACCAUCACUGUCGCCUGUUUCACAUCCAGCAGCGAUAUAUCGACAUCAUGUACACCUCGAGCUUUGACAGCGCUUCAUCCGCAGAAAAGCAAGCCACGUAUGCCAAAGCAAACAACGCGAUGCUAGAGUUUCGGAAGCGAAUCGACAAACGCCUCUACAUUAGCCGCAGCAGGAAACCAGACAGGGUCCAGGUUGUCUUUUGGAUUUCCUACCACUCCGUCUUGACCAAUCUCCAGCGCCCGUUCCUCAACCCUCUCGACCCCGGCAUGGUUCAAAACGUCCCGUCCGUCUUUCGAUCUGCUACUGCCUCGGCCAUGGCGAUUUCUCGGCUCCUCAGGGCCUUGCAAUCGACCGAUGAAGUCAAGUAUCUGCCUCCGUUUGUCGUGCAGCACAUACUACGAUGCGCCCUCGUACACGGUCUCAGCCUGUUAGCCGUCGAAGAGGCAGGUGGCCAGCGAGUAUCGUCGGGCAACUUUUGGUUUUGCUUCCGAACGCUAGGGGAGCUGAGCACGGUGUGGAAGGAGCUCAGCGAAGGCACGACGCCAUUUGCGCUCAUGGCCGUGAGGAACUGGGGGUUCAGGGGGGAUGCUUUGCCCGGGGUAGAUGAGCCAUACGACGACAAUCAUACCGGAGACGACGGAUACAGCGGUAUCGAGGAUUACGGAAUAGGACUGGGCAUGAGUGAUGACUUUUUUGGAGUUAUGGGAACGGGUUCUGGGUUAUAG